CUUCUGCAUUUGCCGACCGCCAUCAAGAUGCGCUUCUUCGGCACUGUCUCGACCAUGCUCGUCCUCGGCGUCGCCGCCGUUCGCGGCGCCAUCGAAGAAGAGGACGACGUCCUCGUGCUCACGGAUGACAACUUUGAGGAGGCCAUUGCCGGCAACGACGCGCUCCUCGUCGAGUUCUACGCGCCGUGGUGCGGCCACUGCAAGUCGCUCGCGCCCGAGUUUGCCAAGGCCGCCAAGGCCCUCAAGGAGAACGACCCGCCGCUCCGCCUCGCCAAGAUGGAUGCCACCGCCCACACCAAGUGGUCGGAGAAGUAUGGCGUGCAGGGAUUCCCGACGCUCAAGUUCUUCAAGGGCGACCUCGAUGCCAGCUCGGUCAAGGCCUACGACAGCGGCCGCACGGCUGACGACAUUGAGAAGUGGGUCAUCAAGAAGUCGGGCCCGGCCGUCAAGGUCAUCGACUCGGCGGCGGACCUCGCUAAGCUCACGGCUGCCAACGACGUUGUUGUCAUCGCCCACAUCGACGCCGCCACGGGCGAGCAGAAGGACCUCCUCGAGAAGGUCGCCGACGCCGAAGACAUUGCCGUCAUCGUCGCCACCACCGACGCGUCGGUCCACGCCGACUUGAAGGAGGGCUCGAUCGUCCUCCUUAAGAAGUUCGACGACAAGAAGGCCGUCUUCAGCGGCGCCUUUGAGAAGGCCGAGAUCUCGGCUUUCAUCAAGGAGCACCACAAGCCCCUCGUUAUGACGUUCACGCAGGACAAGGCCUCGCAGAUCUUCGGCGGUGACGUCGAUGUCCACCUCCUCGUCUUCUCGGAUGAGUCCAAGGACUACCACGAGACGGUCCUCGAGUCGGUCACGGAAGCCGCUGCCGACACGAAGGGCAAGAUCCUGCACGUCGUCAUCCCGCUCUCGGAGUCGCGCAUCGUCGAGUACUUCGGCCUCAAGGAAGCCGACCUUCCGUCGAUGAUCCUCGUCAACAUGGGCGCUGGCAUGAAGAAGUUCCCGUUCCCGACCAAGGCGGCCGAGUUGACGGAGAAGCUCACGAGCGCGGACCUCAAGGCCUUCGAGGCCAAGUACCUCGCCGGCGACCUCAAGCCGACGCUCAAGUCGGCCGAGCCGUUUGAUGACAGCGAGGAGGCCGUCAAGGUCAUCUCGGGCAAGGAGUUUGAGACGCGCGUCAUGGAUUCGGACAAGGAUGUCCUCCUCGAGUUCUACGCGCCGUGGUGCGGCCACUGCAAGACGCUUGCGCCCAAGUACGACGAGCUCGCCGAAGCCUUCUCGGAGGUCGACAGCAUCAUGAUUGCCAAGAUGGAUGCGACGGAGAACGAGAUUGACCACCCCAAGGUCGAUGUCAAGGGCUUCCCCACGAUCAUCUUCUUCCCUGCCAACGACAAGGCCAACCCGGUCACGUACGAAGGCGCGCGCGAGGUCGAGGGCUUCACGGACUUCCUCAAGAAGAACGCCAAGAAGUUCAGCCUCGGCGGCGAAGCCCACGGCAAGGACCACGACGAGCUUUAAGCGCUAGCGUAGCGGAAAAAGCUAACUCAGUAGGUUUUGUUGUCGAGA